AUGCAGGAAGGCAGGACCGUGUCGCCUCUAGGACCGGUCGUCCUACCGCGGGAGGAAGCGGAUAUGCGUGCCGGGCUCUCGCUGCCACCUCAAGAAAGGAGGCACGUGUUGCUCCACGUACGCACCAGCGAGCCUUUCGUCCGCUACGACAACGUGCGUCAGCAACACUCGCCGUCGACCUCGCCGAUCCUGCGGUCCGUCGACAAGGACCAGUUCCACGAGAUGGACGCGUCGUCGGCCAGGGAGAAGAGGAUGGACACCGAGGUCGAGGAGGAGGAGGAACAGGACGAGGAGGAAGAGGAAGACGGGGAGCACGAGAGGAACGUAUCAUCAGCCAGGAAGAACAUCGCCGAGGACGAAGAGGACGACGAGGAGCAGGAAGAAGAGGAGGAGGAAAUGCAUCCUGGCGAUAGAAACGGAAGCUACCAGGAGGACGAGGAGGUCGAGGUAGACGUUUGUCGAGACGAAGUGGACGAGAGCAAUCCCAGUAGUCCCGUGGACUUGACAGCCCCUUCGUCCAGGGGCGGUGGAUCCGAUCAGUUCCUCAACCCGUUUGCGAACCGCGGCGUGCAUCCUUUCUCGUGCGUGCAAAGUGGACAAACUGCUGGCCACGGGACUCCUGUGUACAUAUCCGCGCACGCCGCCGCUGCGUCCACCGUGUGUACUUCCGGGAACGCAGCUCGAACAACCGGCACGUCGACCGGCAGCAUCACCACCACCGCCAGCACCGUCCAGGCGAACAAACGAUGCCUGGCGUUCUCCGUGGAGAACAUCCUCGACCCGAACAAGUUCACCGGCGGCCGCGUUGUUCACAAUCGCGUUCAGCACCGACGACAUCGGCGGGCCGACAGCGUGCACGAAGGUGAUUAACCCUGGUUUCUCCUCCAGGCCAGACGAUCCAGUCCGCGGAUACAAAGCGUUCACAACGCUUUUCGUUCAUUUUCAUUCAAGUCGAAGAAAAUCUGUCGCGCGACGGAAUUCCAUCCUAUCCGUAGAUAUUUUCAAAGUCAUAUUGUCAGUAGUACGAAAGAUUGAGAAGAUUCAGUUCGAUGAUUUAAGUUUAACUGAGAAGCGACGGUUUAAACAACUGGCAUAG